AUGGCAUCCAACCAGGACCAGGCGAGCUACCGCGCCGGCAAGGCCAAGGGACACACCCAGGAGAAGGCUGGGCAGGUGAUGGGCGCGGCCAAGGACAAGGCGUACGAGGCCAAGGACCAGGCGGCUGGCCUGGCGGGGCACGCGUCCGGGCAGGGGCAAGGCGCUACGGAGGCUACCAAGCACAAGGCCAGCGAGGCCACGGACAAGGCGUCCCAGACGGCGCAGGAGGCCAAGGACAAGGCUGCCGGGACGGCGCAGACAGCCAAGGACAAGGCCUCCGAGACCGCGCAGGCCGCCAAGGACCGCACCGUGGAGAGCAAGGACCAGACCGUACUGUGUGAUGGCGCAUUGACGGACCGUACCUGGAGGUAGAG